UGCCGUUUGGACGUCUGCGGUGCUUUCGUCCAUUCAACUGAAAGAUCACCACUUUUGGCGGGUAUUCGCACGGACGCGAACGAACGUGACGUGACUCGGAAUGCGCGCGUGUUGUCAACGCGCGCGACUCGCCGUCACAGUGAAAUCUGUGACUCGGAACACUUGGAUUGCAGUGUUGGAUUGUUGUAUGGAAUAGUGCUCUGUGGAGUUUUUUUAAUCAACUAAUUCGGAUUGUUUCGUUUGACGAACGGUCCCGAAGAAAAUGUUCGUACGUGGUGUAGAUUAAAACUAAUAGUGAAUUAUUGAGUGCAAAUUAUAUUAUAUAGUGUUCUAAGACUUCUUCAAGAUUUCGUUCAGUGGUAAUAAGGUUAAGGGGAUUGCUGGUAUGCAUAUGUGCUAUGAGAGACCCGGAGUGGUCACCGCCUUGAACGGAGGCGUCGGGUACGACAAGUGGGAACGGGGCGGGGGCGGCGGCGGCGCGGGCGGUGCGUGGGCGGGCCGCGAACCGCGAGACGGUCGCGAGCCGCGCGCCGAGCCCCGCGACACACGCGACCGUGACACGCGCGACCGCGAGCGCGACAGGGAGCGCGAACGGCAAGCGCGCGCGCACCAGAUGUCGCACGCGCACGCCGCCGAGCCCGAUGCCUCGUCACUCUUCCCUGCACCAUUUAGAGUGACAGGCAAUAGGGAUCGCGUGAGCCAGCAGAUCCAGAUCAAACUCGGCGACUACAGGCUCGCUCAGACUCUGCUCGACGACCCUAGUAAAUCUAUCGGAAUAUGCGCCGAGCCACCCAGCCCUGCUCCCUGUCACCCGUCUCGACGCGAGAAUGAAUUCAAAAAGCCCGCCAACGCACUUCAAAACGGUCGAGUACACCAUCGUCCGUAUGUUUAUAAUAAGAGCGAGGGGCUUAAUUCCACGGGUGCGGCUGCGCAUCGACCGCCUCCCUUACGAAUACCCAACGGCAUUCAAUCACAAAAUAAUGCUGACGGCAGCCAACCUCAUAUAGAAAGUAUAUUAAAGGAAAUGAAGUCGCUACCAACGCCCCUGUCAGUAAUCGCGGCGACGCCGAGGAAGGAGCUGGAGAACAAGUUCAUCUUCAACCCUUACACCAACAAGGUGCAAGAAAAUACCCAGCUUACCAACAGUGAGCACAAAACAACGCCUACAAAACCCGGCUUAGACAACCGGAUAUCAAACUCAAGAAGUUCUGUGUCACCUAACGUGGUAAACAAAGACCUCGGGUUGUCGGAGAGUGACGACGAGGUCGCCGCCACCACCACCAGACUAGAACCUAUCCUAUCGCCGAUUGGCUCGGGUGGUAGUCCGAGUUCAGGCAGCGAGUCUUCCCCUUCCGACUCGGAAUCCGAGUCCUCCUCCGCGGAGUCCAGUAGCGGUGCGGCACCUCCCCCCGCGCCCGCACCACCUCCCGCACAGCGACCUUCGUGGAGUCUGUCGAACUUCGCUCCCCCGGCCGCACACCCGCCUGACCACGCGGACCUUAGCAAUGUCCUGGCGGAAGCGAAGGGAAAGCCGAGUCCAAUCUCGGAGUUGUCAGACUCAGAGGCGUCUUCGCCAUCACCUGGCACCAGGAGACGAAGGUCCCUGGCUAACCGUAUUUCUACUGCGUCGAGUGACGACGAGGCUCCCAGACCGAAUCCAGUUCGUACACAAACUUCCCCAAACAUUUCCGCGGCAAUCGCUAACGGGUCACAGAGCUCCGGCGUGAAGCGGGGUAGGCCUCCUAAACUCCGCAACUCGGAGGAGCGGCCCGCUAAAAAGAAGCGAGGCCGGCCCCCCAAAACGCGACCCCCGUCCCCCGCGCCUGACAGUGAACCCGAACCCGAGCCCCCACAACCACAUCCACAUCCACUGCAAGAUACCAAAACUCACAUCUUCCGCAAGGUUUUUACUCCAAAAAAGGGAGACGAAUGCGGGGGUAAAGGCGGCAAAGGGGGCAAAGGAAAAGGUGGAAAGGGUAAAGGUCAAGUGACAAUUAUCGAGUCCGGUGCCGACGAUGAUGACAGGAGGCACAGGGACCGCUCAGCUGAACGAAGAAAUGAGGAGGCGAUCGCCCGAGUGUCACCUCCGCAAGAACCAGAAACCUUAACUAGGAAACGAGAAGCAGAACGAGUGGCUCACGAGAGGAUACAGGAAAGAGUCUCGAUCGAAAGGCCCGACCAUCGCCGCCCCGACGACAGAAUAUCAGACCGAACCACAGAACGAACGUCAAAUGACCGGAUACCUGACCGAACGGAUCGGUUACCGGAGAGACGUUCAAGCGAUCGGCUCCCCCCUGACCGACUAUCCACGGAUCGGUUACAAGAGAGACUAUCUACCGACCGACUAUCUGAACGAUCAGAUCGGUUGUCGGAUCGUUCCUCUCUCUCGACUAGCGAUAGGUUAUCUUCAGACAGAAAAUCAAACGAUCGACUAUCAGGUGAUAAAAUGCUGAUCGAUCGAAUACCUAUAGAAAAAAUGUCCAUCGAUCGGUUGUCCGGAGACAAGUUAUCGAUCGAGCGGAUACCAAACGAUAAAAUGGAUCGGUUGACAAAUCAAUUGUCGCACGAUCGGUUAUCGAAUGAAAAGAUUUCUCAUGAGCGAUUAUCAAGUGACAAACUCUCGCACGAGCGGUUAUCUAGCGACAAGCUCUCGCACGAGCGCCUGUCGAGUGACAAAUUAUCACAUGAGCGACUAUCGAGCGACAAAUUGACGAUAGAUCGCCUUUCUGGGGAUAAAUUACCGUUGGAGAGGGUGGAAAGAAUUGCGCCGGACCGAUACGUUCGAGCCGAAGCGGAUGUUGGCUUUGUACCGAAUUCGUUAACGAACGCAGGCGAGCGCGUGUCCCGCGGGCGCUCGAUGUGCGUGGUGAGCAUCCCGCUGAGCCGGCUGCGCGCCGAGAUCGUGCGCGCGCUGCAGCGCCCGCCGCGCCGCGCCGCGCCGCCCGCGCCCACGCCGCCCACGCCGCCCGCCGACCACACGCUGGAAACAAGCGGCGGGAGUCUAGCUAGUCUCGGCGGCCUGGAGCGAGCGGAGCGCUGCGCGGGCCGGACGCCCAUCUACUACUCGUACUUCGAGCGACUGCCGGCCGACGCGCUCUCCGACGAGGAACGAGACCACAAGUACUACCUGGGCGAGGCCAAGCGCCUGCGCACGGCGGCGGAGCGCGAGCAGGAGCCGCUGGCGCGCGUGAUGCUGUACCUGGAGUCCGUGCUGUGCUUCGUGCUCACGGGCCGCGUGCUGGAGCUGGAGCUCGACACCAAGCGCGCCUUCACCAUCUACCGCGAGACCAUCGAGUACAUCAAGUCCAUCCACUCCAUGCCGCAGCGGUUCCGCGCCUCGCCGCACUCCACCUUCAGCAAGCUGGACAUCCUCAGUCUCCGAGUUCAAGCGUUGCUGUACCUACGAAUGUUCAAAAUGUACAACCGGGAAGUGAGAGAGUACAACAAAAUCGUUCAGGAAUAUCAACAGAAGUCCUUGUCGUUCCAGCCGGCUUGCGCAGAAGCGGUAUCUGCGGCGUCGGCCAUGUCGGCGUCGUCGGCGAGGUCGGCGUCCCCGAUGUCGCCGUCGCCAUCCCCCGCCGGCUCCGUGGGUUCCGGCUCCGGUUCCGGCUCGUCCGGCUACUGUUCCCUGGCGCACGCCGUCCCUGCCGGCUCCGGCUCCGGUUCCGGCACCGGCUACUGCCCCAUGGCGCACGCCGUCCCUGCGCACGCGCACCAUGCGCUGCUGCAGCUCACCAAAUACUACACCUUCCUGUACGUCGCGCACGACCUGUGGGAGCAAGCCGAUAGCCUGUGCAGGCUCAGACCCAACCAAGACCUGUUCAUCGCGGUGGACCGCAAGUGCGGGCCGCUGACGCUGUUCUCCACGUUCCGGCACCUCGUGCAGUACGUGCGACACGCCAUCUCGCUGCUCAAGAACGCGCCUCGCGAGUGACGCGCCGCCGCAUAGCCAGCGCCGCGCCGGGACCGGGCCGGGUCUGCGCCGGCGCCGCGCCGGGACCGGGACCGGGCCGGGCCCGCGCCUCGCCUGCCGUGACGCAGUCCGUACUGUAGACUUUGGAGUGAUGCGUGGAAUAUCUUGUAUGAUUAUUCAUAGGCAAAUUUGACAGCGAAGAGAAAUGAGUUCACGAUAAUAUUUCAAUUAUCAUCGCAGUACGGCACUUAAUGUAAUAUCGUUUACACCGACCGCUCUGUUUUGUACUGAUACUCAGAUAAUUCGACAUUUGUAGCAGAAUUGACUCAAAUCGGUAACAAGACCACCACGGAGUAAGUGAGAUUCAAACAUACCACAGGAAAUAUUUUACAACCGUCAUCCCGAAUUUGAUUGAUAUAUACAUAAAACGAUGUAACGGACUAAUUUAGUAUAAGAAGCUUUUUGUGAAAACUAAAGAUUUUUUCUUUUAUUGAUUUUAAUUGGUAACGUUUAAAUGUAAUCGUUUAUAUGUUAUAUGUAUUUGAUUACCAAAAUCGGUUUUAAUGAGUAUUUUAACUGUUAGAUUACAACAACAGAUAUAACAUUAAAAGGCCUAUACUUAACCAUUACAUUAAAACCUUCAUGCUCUCACCCUCUACCGUAGAAUAUAUAAAUUCGGACAAAAUUAAUGAUCAUUUUCAAACAUAAAUACUCUGUUUAUUUUUUUCAACCAUACAGAC